GGUGAGCAUAUCAAUCCGCCAUUUAAUGCAGACGACGAAGAAGAAAUAGAGAACAAACGAAGAAGAACGAAAGAUGGAACCAGAGAAGUCAGAGAAAGAACUUAAAAUGUUUAAAUCUAAAGAGAACUCCAUAUCUUUACCCAAACACUCAUACUGGUUUGACUUCUGGUUGUUCGUGGUUUUUGACAUCGCGUUUUUCCUCGUCAUGUAUUUUAUAGUCCCGUAAGAAAAGGUGUUUCCCCUGGAGAGAAGAGUCCCUGCUGUCAGGAAUGCUAACAACCCACCUCAACACCAUGUUUUUGAGGAUAUCACAUCCCAUGUUCCCAAAACUUGGACUAGAACCACAAGUCAGAACGUGUGGCUCCUCCUGCGCCUCCACCAGACAUUUGACGCACAGCGCUCGGUCUUUCUGCACGGAUGGAUUCCCCUUGUUCCUGCCGGGAAGAGAUUAACUUCAAGUUGUUUUAAUGAAAAGUGACAAUGGCCCAUAUGAUGAUCCCUGCUGUGAUCACACCACAGAGCUUACCUGCACACCACGGAGAAAAUCGUGAUGAUCUGGAAACUGAUUACUGCACAUCUUGAAAAUUUGCACAUGUGAAGUAGUGGAAAUAAAAUGUUUUACUUGUAUGUGCUCAUCGUGACUAUUUCUUGCUUAGGUACAGCAUAUACAAACACAUUAACAUGCAUUUUGAAGUAUGUAUUAUUAUAUAAAAGAUACCUAUGUAACAUUAAGGAGUGAUAAUACAUUUCAAUACACAAACAACAACCAUUAAUACACCGUUUAAUUCACCAGAUGGAUUAUGAUGGACAGGCCACCUACUGCUAACAUGAAUUAUCUAAUGACUACUUUAGAUAAUCCCAAGUAAAUCCAUAUAUAUGACAAAUGUAAUUUAAAUAAAAAAGAUAUAUAUCAUUUGUGUUUUUUAAUCAUCUGUUGAUUAUAGCAGGAUUCCUGCUUUAAUUUAAUGUGCUUUAAAAUGAUUUAAAAGUGCUUUGAUUUUGAAUAAAGAACUUUAAAAUGUGUUUUGAUUGUCUACUUAUGGACAGUUGGCACUUUUUGAUAGCUAUCUCAUUUACCACAGCUGUAAUGAUGUGGAAAAAGCUCCAAAAUGUACCUUGACAUUAUUGAAAAAUAGCACCUAGUGUGUAUCCGUCUCUAAGCUCUUAUUUUGAAAGGUUGCGAAUGUGCUUCCGGUCGACUAGAAGCUAACAACAAUAGCAUGCAAGCUUAAAGCAGUUUCCUCAGGGACUUCUGAAAGUUACUUUGCUUUCAUUAUGGACACGACUGGCACUGAAUAUCCAGUGGAAAACACAGAUAUCUUCCUGCCGCUGUCCUCCCUGCGGCUGCUGAUCCCUCCUCUGCGGCUGCUCUCUGCAGCCAUGUGGCAGGUGGCUCAGCGGAGAGAGGUUCUGGAUUACGAGAGGCUGGAUGAGUUUGUGACGCUGGUGACGGCGACGGUGCCGGACCUGCUGGACCCGAAGCAGCGAGGGAAACUGCUUCUGCGCCUGAGAGCCAAAACUGUUCUGGAGUUGUGCAGGAAUGAGGAAACAGCCGACAUGUUGUGCAUUCAGCCUCACCUGGACCGAAUCCGCCCGCCAGGACACACAGGAAGUGGAGAUGCAGAGGUGGAUGCAGAGGAGGCCAUUUUUGUGGAGCUUGUCCAAACGCUCCUGAAAGACCCGGCAGAGAGGAAGCAAUUCUACCAGGAGGUUUUCCCAACAGAGUACGGUCCCUGCUACGACUCAGACAUGCAGCUCCUUGUGUGGGAGUUUCUGUGUAAACUGGAGAAGCUCCUGCCGGUACCAGACCUCAGUCAGACGGUGUCCUGGCUGACGUCGGCCCCCUCUGUUCUGAAGGACUGUCUGCAGACGCUCUCCAAUCCAGACGACCUGAGCUCCCUCCUGCAGCACCACAAAUGCCUCGAGCACCUCGGAGAACAAGGUACCACAGUGGAGAUGUCCUCCCAGGUGUUUGCCUGCUCAGAGUGUCCAUUCUUCCACAUGCAGGAGUCCUUCCUGCUGCAGCACAUCGAGCAGAGUCACCCCGAGCAGCACCGGCGUCAGAGAGCUGCAGAAACAUCUAACGUCUCCAAGAAGAAGAAGAAGCCUCAGCGUCCCGAAUUCCCGAAGCCGUUCCCCAUCCACGACAGACCCAACCCUCACGAGUGCCUGGAGUGCGGCAAAACGUUCACCCGUGCCUCGGACGUGACUCGACACCAGCGGACGCACACCGGCGAGCGCCCGUACAACUGCGACGGCUGCAGCAAGAGCUUCAAGAACUCCUGGGAUCUGACCCGGCAUCAGCGCAUUCACACCGGAGAGCGGCCCUUCCUCUGCUCCAAGUGCGGCAAACAGUUCACGCAGAUGGGGCUGCUUAAGUUGCAUUUUGACAGAACCGCCUGCGGACAGACCUGCAACCCGCCCUUGUUCUUAUCGGCAGAGGUCGUGGUGGCAGAGGAGACGUCGGAGAAGGAGGUUGGGCAGUACAAAUGCCAGAAAUGUGGCGAGAGCUUUGCGAGCAUCCUGGAGCGUCUGAGGCACAGGCAGGGGCAUUUGAUAAGGCAUCAGUACAAAUGCUCCUCGUGUGAGAAGAUAUACAGUCGAGCGUCCGACCUGAAGAGACACCAGAUGAAACACACCGGGGAGCGUCCGUUUCCCUGUGAGUGCGGGAAGAGCUUCACACACGUUUGGCUUCUGAAUAAACACAAGCAGAUCCACAGCCGGGAGCGUCCGUUCCCCUGCACCGAGUGCGGAAAGAGCUUCACGCAGCUGCAGAUCCUCAACCGGCACCUGCUGACCCACAACGGACAGCGGCCUUUCCGGUGCUCCUACUGCGACAAGAGCUUCACGCAACUGUCCAGCCUCACCCGCCAUGAGAGGAUCCACACAGGCGAGAGGCCAUACAGCUGCAGCACCUGCGAGAAGACGUUCCUCACCCAUGGGGAGCUGGUAAGGCACGAGCGCAGCCACAGCAACUGCAGGCCGUUCUCGUGUCCUCAGUGCACCAAGAGCUUCAAAACCAAGCGAGCGCAGAGCGAACACCUCAACACCCACAGAGGAGAGCGGCCGUUUGCGUGCAGUCGAUGCGGAAGGAGGUUCGCCAAGUCGGCCUCGCUCAUCAGACAUAAUCUGACUCACACCGGGGAGCGGCCGCAUCGGUGCUCGCAGUGUGGGAAAACCUUCCUCACAUCGGGGGAGCUGCUUCUCCACAGACGGAUUCAUACGGGAGAGAAGCCGUAUCCCUGCAGCCACUGCGAGAGGAGGUUCAGGUGCUCAUCCGACCGCAACAUGCACAUCCGGACACACACCGGGGAGAAGCCUCACAGCUGUGUGUUCUGUAAGAAGAGGUUCUCCACUUCCACCAGGCUCAAGAGACACGUGCAGACUCACAUGGAGAAGGAGGUAGUCCAGGAGUCAUUUGGUGUUUGAGCUUUAAGGAGCGAAGGAUUUAUGAAGGAUGACGAGUGCCGCUUUAUCUUUUAAGAUAAAAAUAAAAUGUAUUUAAUCGAUAAUUUGGUUUUUAUUACCCCAGCCAAAAUAGGACUGGCUCUAUUUCUGUGACUCUUGGUGAAAGGCUGUAGCAGGACUUUAGAAAGAAGCCAUUAAUGUUUUGAUGCAUUCAUUUGGUUUUAGAAAAUGCAUGUUGGGAAUAUGUGACAUGCACAUGACAUGCAUUAUUAACUUUCAAAAUAAAAUAACUUAGUAUUUUUUAAAUACUACUGGAAAUAAAAUGUUAUACUGAGUACGUGAAAGGGUAGUAUGCAACCGGAUUCAACAGACCAAAUGUUAAAUAAAGAAGUAGCUUCACAUUUACUCAAGAAUUUACUUUUUUAAUCACCAAUUAUACAGUGAUGUGAUAAUAUAUAUUGAAUUACGGUCAUUCUGCUUUCCUUUCUGGUACUUUUAAGUAUAUUUUGA